UGUGUUAUAGGGUGCUCAUUUGGUUUUGUGAGAAGAAAAUUCCGUCUCCUUUGCAUUGACUUUUUCAGUGGAUUUUUCGCAGUCAUUUACGUGCGGAAAAGUGCUAAAUAAACUGGAAAAGUGUUCUUUGGACCACCCUUUUGUGACUCUAAUUGUAAAAUAUAAAUACUUUGGGAUUUUUAGUGAGAUUUCUUGCAAAGUGCUUUCGUGGAUGAGAGUUUUCUUUUUGACAGAUCGGACUGCUGCGAAUUUUCCUCAAUAUUUUAUUGAAAUUUUCCCCAAGUUUUCUUUCAGUAAUUAUUAUUUCUGCACAUUUUGUGUUCGUGCGUGAAUUGUAGUGAAUCAUUUUAAGUAGGUGAUUUCAUGCCUGAAAUGACAGAAAAACUUCAAUAAAGCUUAUCUCCCAUUUUGAGAGAUUUCAAAGAAAAUGGACACAUAAACUUUCUUGUGAAAAGAAAAAAAAACAUAAUUUUGCAAGCUCCGUGGACUUCCGGAAAGUAGGGUGAACCGUUUACCCACAAUAUACAGCAGAGACUCUCGGGAUACGCGUGAAGAUCGGUAAAUCGCGUGAAGAAAUACGUGCAACGAGCGCGUCGUGAAGCUUUCCGGAAACGAAAGAGCUUGCGUGGAAUUCCAUUUGACAGGUGGGGGGCGAUGUCCGUUCGGCGUCGGGACGCUGUGGCUGGGUCCAAUUCGAAAUUACGUAUGGAUCGGCAGCCAGCCGUGGCUCGUAUAACAGACCCCAGCCUUCCUGCGGGUAAGCGCAAAGAGAUUGACAAUGUGAUGAAGAAGGCGCGCGCUUCAACUGGCGAGUAUUGGGAUAAGAAAUUGCUGGAAGCUGAAGAAAAGGAUCCCAAUCGUUGGCGCCAUACCGGCUACAAGAAGCUCUACAUUGAAGGUGAGAGCUCCACCGAGGAUAGCGAUGCUGACUAUCGAGCCUACAACGCGAGACGCGCGUCGCGUAGUCGCUCACGGGGGCGCCGAAGUGCGCCCAGGUCACCGGACCCGAGGCGUCCAAAAUCUCCUGACGCACGGAGACGUAUGCCGCGCUCGCCGGAUUUGCGUACAAAGAGACCACGGUCACCGGCUGAGCCGCCAAUUCGUCGUAGGUCUCCUCGUUCACCUAGGUCGCCGCCUAGGUCACCCUUGCACGACAUGAGGCGUCGAUCGCCGGGUGUGCAUGGGAAAUCUAAGGCAUCCCAGAUGUUGGUACGCUCUAAAAGGCCACCAUCACCGCCUCCAAAGCCAACAAGAUCACCGUCUCGGAGUAGUCUCAGCAGCUGUUCAGAUGAAUCCUGUUCAGUUUGUUCUCCAAAACCAAGGCAUGGUCAUACGAGAUCACGUUCGGUUUCGUUGUCGCGCUCGCGUCCAAUGCCACGAUCGCCACCACUCCCGAAGAGUGGGUCUCGAGUGGCGUCGUUGCACGGUAAAUCGAAAGCCCCCUCGGGCACAUCUUCGUCGGGCUACCACAGUGGGAAUCGUGGAAAUGCGCGUCCUGCCAGUCCGCCGCCGGUGGCAUCGUCGUCGAAGCGCCUGGCAAAGGUGCGUCCGGAUGCCGAGAAACCGCGUCCCACUACGCGUCAUAUCCCACUGGAGACCGUCGUGGAGCCCGAUAUGAAGCACGGCAAACGAUCGUCGCGGAAGCAACUUAUUCCGGAGGAUCCACGCUUAAAGAUACGUCCUCCGGAGCCACCACAGCCCGUUGCUGUGGAAUCUUCGGGGCAUUCGAAGAGGCACAAGGAAAAGGCAGCAGAAAAGCUACGGGCAAGGGUGAAAAUUGAAGGUGAAAAACGGAAGAAGCGUCGUUCAUCAUCAUCCGGAUCGGAUGAUUCGAGCAGCAGCAGCAGCUCCUUGCCGGCUUUCACAGCUACCACCAGGCUCACACUGUCAGAGCGUUUUGGGAAGAUGGCACAGUGGAGUGUGGAUAGGAGUAACAUGGAGAAUAUGAGAAUCACCAAGGAUAGUGCGGGAGGGGCACUUAAGGUUAUGAUUGAAGAAGGGAUGGAGUCUCCACCGGCUAGGAAUUACUCACCAGCACCACCUGGGCACUUUCCUGAGGAGUUAGCCGUAACAGCACCAACGGGAUUAAUGUCUUGGGAUGAUGUGAGAGUUCGAUAUGAAUACUACAAGAGUCGUGGUUAUCUCAGAGAUUUGGAUCUUCAGGAUUACAUCAAAUGGGAAGAAUGGUGGUAUCGCUAUCAAGAAUGGCUAAAACAGGAGAGAUACUAUGAAUUUCUAGAGCGUCAGCAGAUGCGUGGGCGUCGCAGGAAGAAGAUUCCCAUUGCACAGAGGCUGAAUUAGAUGGUGGAGUAGAAUGUGUGCCAUUCUCUGUGCAAAUUCUCCGUAAAUUUAGCCUUCCGUCAAAUCUCUUAGCCAUUUUUUUUAACAGUUGGAGGAUCGAAGUUUCUAACCUCAAAAGUUUGACCUUCAUUUUCUCUUAAAAAAAAUAUUUUUCCGUGUUUUCUUUCGACGUUAUUGAAUGUAUUGAAACUUUCCUAUACACAGAUGUAGAAUUUACCACGAAAUGUUAAAUAGAUUUUAAUUCUGAGGCGAUUGAAAAAAGUCGAAUUGGCCACUUUGGCCAGCAAAAUCCUCCAAGGGUUAAACCAACAUUGCAUCCCUUCUGCGAUGCCAAAAAUUGUCCAAUAAAAAUUUUUCUUUUCAUUGCUAUUCAUUUAUUCUUUCAGUGCUUUUUUUUAUUUUGAGUUUUCUUACAUUUUACAACAAUAAAAAUCUCAUCUUUUUUUUUAUUAGAAUUUACAUUACACAAAAUAUAAAAUUAUAUAAUUAUAAAAAGCAAGAGAAAGAAAUCAAUAAAAUCAAUGUUCUUUUGGUGAAAA